GGAUUCUUCAGUCAGUCGAGUGGAACUGGUGCGGCUGCCGGAGAGAUAGACAGUGAGGCGGAGAGGCUGUGCUGAACAGACGCUGGGUCAGAGCGCUCAGUUGCUUCAGACAAUCACAGGGGAGCGAGAGAAAGACACAGGAAAAAGACACAGAAAGAGAGAGAACACCACACACACAGAGACUGAAAACAGAGAAAAGGGAGGGAGAGAUAGGGGAGGGAGGUAAAUAUGUGACAGGAUGUGGUUUCCCUGAGCUUGCAGAACAUCAGUAUACAGGCAUACUUUGAGCAUGACCUAAACACACCAAGCGUACAAGUGUGUUUGAGGUCCGUUAGGUGGCGAGGGGGAAGACGAAGCAAACCGCUGGAACUGCUGCUGCUGCUGCUGCUGUGCCUGUAGAGCCGACAGACACUCUGGUUUCUCUGCUGCCUGCUGGAGGAUUGUGUUUCCUUUGAGACAGCCAGCUCCACAGCAACCUCAGUCAGCUUGUCGGACAGGAUCUGAACCCGUCCUCCAUCCCCCCCUUUUUUUGUUCUGGUCUCCUUCCAAGUAGAAUGCGAUUCUCUGCUGGAAGCUCUGGUCCAGUUGCUGCCUUUGCAUCCGAGCAGUGAACUUCUCAACUAAGAUUGUGAAACAGGAUCUGUGCACAGAGUGACUGACAAACUGUGGAGCCAUGGGCUGCGGGCUGCGCAAGAUGAAACCGACCUCGGAGGAGAACAGUCCAGGGAAGAUUUACUCCACCCUGAAGAGACCACAGGUGGAGACCAAGGUGGGCGUGGCCUACACCUACCGCUACCUGGACUUUCUGAUCGGCAAAGACGGUGGGACGUCCACGCUGCGUCUCUCGUCGGUGCGGGAGCUGCCAGGUCAGCUGCAGGAACUCUACCAGCAGGGCUUCGUUCUGGCAGCCGUUCACCCGUUCAUCCACCCCUGCGGACCGGAGUCCAACAGCCCACAGCACCAGCUCUACCGGGCCAUACUGGUCCGACUCAACGAUGGGGUGGAACGGAGCCAGCCAGUCUGCCCACCGUUCAAACUACAGCUGGAAGAGUGUCUGUCUGCCGAGCAGGUGCCCACCCCAGAGCUCAUCCAGGGCUACGUCAAGAAGCAGAUCCAGGAUGCUGCUGACCAGGGAGUGAUGUUUGUGGGAUUUGUCCAGGAACCCUAUGGGGCCCCAUGCACCACAAUCAGAGAACCAGACACCCCCUCCCUUUCCCUGCACUCCAGCCCCAGCUCUGUGCUCGGAUCCCUGGGUAGCUGCAGCCCCUCGAACCCCUCCAGCCCCAAAAACCAGGCAGCCGAAGCUGAGGCCAGGGAAGGAGCACCGAGUGGGGAGAACACCGGGAAGCAUCCGGGGAGCGGGAUGGAGGGCGGUCAGGAGGAUGAGGUCUCGCCUGCGACGUCUCCGAUAUCAGAGCUGGAUCUGGAGCACAGUGAGGAGCUGACGGAAGAGAAGUCGCCGUGUCACAAUAACAACAAAGACAGCGGCACAGAGACAAAGGAGAGGCCGAGAUACCGGCUGCGGAGAGGCGAUGGGGUGGAACUGCUUGCUUUGUACAACCAUCCACCCGUCAGAGAGGGCCAGGUGAAGUACUACACUGUCAAGGUGCCGCUCCGGGUUCAGAACUGUGACGAGGGCGUGAAAGGCGUGGAGGCCAACUGGCUGGAUCACAUGACCCAGCACUUCAACAACGGAGCUUCGCUGGUCGAUGGAUACUUCCACCUUGGCAACGUGAACGAUUUGCUGCCUAAGUCGGUGGAAAGUGUCUUCAUCUUCCAGGAGGCGAGCGAGGGCGAGCCGAACGUGACCACCCCGACAUACGACGCCAUCGUGGUGGAGCAGUGGACCAUCAUUGAUGGUCUGCAGGUGAAGGCUGAUUACGUUCCUCUGCUACAGUCCCUCGCCACAUAUGGAUGGAGACUCACCUGUGUGCUGCCAACUCCUAUAAUCAAGACGAACAGUGAUGGAAGUCUGUCCACCAAACAGAUUGUUUUCCUGCAAAGACCUGUGUUGGGCCGAAAGAGGAGGGAAUCCAAGAAACUGAUCUUCAAGCCCCGAAGCAAGUCCAACAAGAGCUGUAUCAAAGACACCGCAAAGAACAAGAAGAAGAAAAAAACAAAAAUGGAGAAGGAUGCAGAAGAUCCCAAGAUUCUUGAUGAUAGAGAAAAAGUUGAGAAAGAGGAAGACAAGAGUAGGGAUGAAAGGGCGAACACAACAGAUGUAGAGGCAGUGAGAGAAAGUGAGACGCUGGAAGAAAGGGAAUCGAGGUGUGAGGAAGAUAGAAAGAUUAAUGAUGGGAUUGAAAUCAGCAUAGAGACUGUCAAAAAGGAAGAUGGAGGAGCAGAGACAAAAGACAAAGGAGCAGAAAAUGGCUCAGAGGAAGGAGGAGAAGAGGAAAAAAUAACAUUGGAUGGAGAGCCUUUAGAGAACGGAGAAAUCCAGGAAGUGGUAGAAACCGUUGCGACUGUUGAAACAGAGAACAAGACCAAAGAAAAGGAGGACAAGGGUGUGGCAGAAGUUGUGAUCGAAAAUGGCGUCGAGACAGAUGAGGAAAAAGAUGAGGGUGAAGAGAGUGCAAUCAAAUGCAAGACAGAGGAACCAGCAGGCGUGGAGGUCAUUGCCAAGGAGAUUGUGGCGGAUUCACAGGCCACGCCGACCAAUCAAAACCCAGAGGAGCCUAAAGAGUAGCCCCAAGUCACGGUUUUUCCCCACCCUACCUCUGAAAAUUCCCCAUCUGAAGAACUGGUUCACAGUGUUGUCCCUAAUCCAAAUUAACGGGGCUUCGGUCCCCAUCGCUGCAGCAUUGUCCAAACCUGCCAUCUUUCAUAAACGAUUCCCCCCAAACUGCCACAGUGUAGCUACAGAAUGAUUUCAUGUAAUUGCAGACAUCAGUCCUACUGUAUAACCACACAUACUGAAUGUAUAUAUCCAAAACAGGUGGUGCUGGUGCGUGAAAGUCAAAGUGGAGUCACUGGAAUUACUGGAUGAGGACCAACAGGGGGGUGAAUAUUUAUAAUGUUGCUCCAGGAUGACUCUUUGUUUUACUUGAGAGGAAUGAGCAACAAUUUAAAGACCCGGUCACAUCAGCACUUAAAACAUUUUGCAGUGAAAUCAGUUAAUUAAAAUGGAACCAGCAUAACUUGUGAUUAGUUCUUGCAAAGUAAUUCUGCGUGCAUCACACCCAAGUUUGUGCAACAACACAUUAGAUUUAAUUUAACCCCUUCUGUCAGAAUAUAGACAAAAGAGGAAUAGUCAGCUGAUGGUUAUGAGUCCAGAGUCAAUGGUACAAAUAUGACUCUUGAACUGUGUGAGCUUAUUGUCUCUUCAACAACCAAGCUGGUCAGUAACAAGCUCGCUAGGUCUAAGAGCUUUUUUUCAGUAAUUCUUUAUUGAAUGAAAUGGUGUAAAAUAAUGCUAGCAUGUUAGCUGUUAGCUCACCAGACACAGUAGUUUACCAGCUAUCCAUGUAAAGAGUUUUUGUGUCGCCAAGCAUCCAGAACCACAAAUUCUGCAGAGAUACCCGGAUGAAUUACAUUCUGCCACUCUGGUGUGACCAGGCCUUUAAGAGGGGUGAGGAGCAACAUUUUGAUGUCAACCUGUCUAAUUAGGGUUAAUUAGAAGAACAGCAGUGAUGUUCCUGAAAGGUCAUCGCUUGGCCCCCCCAGCUCUUAUCUUGUCUGAGAGUCCCAACCAGAUAUAGCAUCUGCUACAAGAGGUACUUUCACCUGACAGUUCAACAGUCUGAGCUGCUCUUCUCGGUUUCUGAAGCUGUGGAAAAGCAAGUCAAAUCCAAGAGACAGAAUCCUGACAAGGCACAAGCCUGCCUCAACCACACGACUGACGAUACAAAAGGCAGACAGGCUCAGAAAAGUGUCCUAUGUGAUCACAGACUAGACUGUAUCACCAUUUCCUGUUCCUUCUCUCUGUGCACCAUAGUAAGUUGUGAUGUGGAGGAAACUUGGAGGAGAAUGCCGGUAGAGGUGAUGGGAAAGGCGUUUGUUGCGACAGGCAAUCCAAAGUAGGGUGAAGAGAUAAUUGUUUACGCUGAGCUCUAAGCCGUCAAGUGCUUCAAAAAGAGCCGAUAAUCACUCUUUGGUGUGGUGUGCUAAGCUCACCUUGCAUACAGAAUGUUCCAUAUUCAAAGCCAAGUCAGAUAAGGAUGUGAAAUUCAGCUGAAUGUUUGCAUCUCAAGGGCAAAACUCAUAUUUAGAUCCACCUAGUUAGUUUUUACAUACAGGAGUGAGGAUUAUUUCUACGCAGAGUUGCAUUUUUAAUUACAUUUCCAGUCAAAGGCCACAAACACAAGCACUUCUCAGUGUGGAGACAAGGUUAAGCUGCGUGGUCAGGGCAGAGGCUUGUUGUUUACUCAGACCCAAAACUAAAGAUUGAGAGCUGAAGAUUGAGACAAUGAACGAGGUUGAGAGGAAAAAAGAGAGACCACAGAGCAUAAGAGAGUCAAAUAAAAGAAAUGAAUAGGCUCAUUUAAAGUAACGGCCGUUUGCGUCCCACAUUCCCCGUUGAGAUUUCCUUCAUUAUUUUACCUCCAGCUCUUUAAGCACCUCUUACCCAGACAUCAUUUCUGACAAUAACCAAGUCAUAAUGUGCUGUUUCAUUGCAUCGUGUAGCUCUCCAUUUGAGAAAGGGGAACGGGAGGGAGGAAGGAGGCAACGCUCACGGUGUAGAGCUCUCAUUAGCUCGCUAAUGGAUUUUGUCAGUGGGAUAUCUGUCAGGAAUCAUGCAUUUCUAAUGGGGGUCACUUUUUGGGGGGGAGCUAUUGACAGCAAAACACCUCAACACGUCAAGAAAAUAGCCUUCAGAUUUAACGGCGAUGUCAUUUGCACUGAGGAGAAAGACUUUGUCUUAAAAAUGCUUCAUCACAAAAUAUGUCAGAAGACCUAUUUAUUGAAAUGUUAGAAUUCACUUAAUGAGGAACUUAAAACUACCUGCUGUCUUGCUUUAUGUAGACUAUAAUUUGUCAUAAUUUGGAUCUUUUGUUUUAUGAGAAUAGAUGAUACCUUGGUCAUGAAAAAUGUCUCCUUUUGGAGAUGAAAACUCUUCAGUUACACACAAGUAAGAUCGAUUAUGCUGAAUAAGUGCUCUCCUUUUGGGGGAUUAAUCCACCUGCCGCUGAGAUUUUUUUCAAUGUAAAAUGGCAAAUGUUUUUGUGUAGAGUAGGAUAUAAAAACUGUGACCAGUUUAGCCUUAUUACUAUACUGUAAAUGGCCCACAACCUGCUAUUAGAAAUGUCUUUUAGAGGCACAAUGGUGAUUUCAGUGUUAUAUGUUUGUUAUAGUCAAACAGGAAAGUUUUGCUACAGUCAGUGUUGGUAUUUUGAAGCUGUUGUUCCCUGUUUUAUUACUGGAAUUCACAGUGAGGGGAUAAAAGAUUUGAAGUGUUUGUCUAUAUGAAGGUAAUAUGUUUUUGAUUUAUUUUCAAGAUGUUUUGAACAUGUUUUUUUAUUAUUAUUAUUAUUGUGAAUGUUCUGCUUCUGAGUCGAGAGAUUUUUAUUGUGGGCUUUGUGUUGCCUCUGCUGUUCCACUAAAGCUUGCUAAAAUGUAUUUCUGACUGACGCUUCGAGCUACCUCCCGAGGGCUGUUGUUGGUUUUAAACUGAGGGGUCACAGCGUGUACGACCCCCACACCCACCCAAAAAACAUAUGCUCCUUGUCCUCUCGGCCUCCACUAUGACGGAGCCCAGACCUGCGAGUGUGAGUUCAUCACUAAUGGCAGACGAGGUCGAGGGUCACGUUUGAACCAGAAUGGAUUUUUCACAGCUGUACACAGGAGUUUGCACGAGCACAUGACAAAUAACCACUCUGAUAUUGAAUUAAGAUAUGAAGUCAUAUCAUAAUAUUCUCUGUGGUAUUUUAUUUUCUUUUUUAGCUUUCGGCUGUCUGAGCUUUAAUAAGCACUUAUUGUAUUCAAGAAAUAUUUAAUGCUGCCGGGGAGCAAAUAAGACUCAGCUGUCACUUUCACGCUUUUGUCAGAUGUGACAAAUAUGAAUUAUGAAAGGCAACACCAAAAUACGCCUUUUGAUAGCUGCCGAGAUCACUAUGAAUAUUUGAGAAAUUUCCCUGAUGAUUCCUGGUCAGCUUAUUUAAAUCAGAUUUAAUCAAUUUCUCCAUCCUCCCCAGCGUCAAGAUAAACAUUUUAACUGUCAUCUAUCUGUUUUAUGAAUAUGAAUUUAUUUCAGUAUUCCCACCUUUCUCCCUUUUUUAUUUUUAAAUGUGAAACUGUGACAUUUAUUCCCUGUCGGCAUCCUGUGAAAACAGACAGAUCAUAUUCCACUUUAUCAAGAAGAGCAGAGUUUGGAACAUCAUUUAAGCGACAAGGUGAUGUCAUGUGACAUGACUGCGUUUUUCCGACUCCCACUACAUUCCGGUUGGAUGUCCACAAACAUGGAUGAUUGUAACCUUGACGGAAGUUACAUCCGGCCCUGUGUCCGCCCGUCCUACCUGAGGCGGUGGCCUUCAUGGCUCUAACACUCCCUGAUAAGGGCUGAUUGGUUGCAGUGCAGUCUAACCUCUGACAUGAGUACACUCCAGGGACUGUGGGUAAUUGUGUUUUUUUUUUUUUUUUUCCAUGUCUGGUAUUACUAAAAAAAAAAAAGAAAAACACAGACAGGGAGAGAAAAGCGAGGCAGGAUCUGACACUUCAUCAGUUAAAUGAUGCUGAACCAUGUUAACUUAUCCAUCCGUGAGAAGAAGGAGACCUUUGUCUAAUGUUAGACUUAAAUAUACAUUUGCAGCCCUCUACUCAUUUGUGUUUUAAAAAAAAAGAAAAGAAAAGAAAAAAAGGUAAUAUACAGUUUCCUGUCUUUUAUCAGCAUAAUUGUCUCUGAGCCUCAAUAGUGGCGCUGGUGCAAUCGUUCUUGGUAAUGCUGUAAAAAAAAAAUAAAAUGUUAUGGUUCAUUUCCUGUGUGCUACUAUGACGUGAAAUGGGCAGAGUAGAAAUGACAGAACAUGAUACAAUAGGAUGCCGUCAUUUUUUUUCUGUGUUGUCACUUUAGCUUGCUCACAGCCUCUGGAAAGUAUUCUUAGGUUUUUGUUUUUUUGGUCUCUGAUGUUAGUUUUUUAUCACCUCGGCUGCCAUCCUGAAUGUUGAGUAUCUUUGAUCAUGUGCUGUUGUCACUUGCAUAGCAGUGUUUGCUAUCGAGGAGGAAAAAGUAUUCUUUAUCUUUGCUAUCCUGAGUAUGUCCACAUUCCUAUUGUUCAUGACAUCUGUACAAUUUGUAUAUUAUAAAAUGAUUUAUAUUUAACGUG